AUGAUGCUCCGACGAGGAUUUAUUCUAUUUCUCCCCCGACUUGUAGGCCUGCUGGUGGUGGCCUGUUGCUCAGUGUCUAUUGUUUAUAUGUUGGCUUGCACACCCAAGGGUGACAACCAGCAGCUUGCCUUUCCCAGGGUGCACAGGCCGACUGUGAAGGAGGGAUAUGAAGCCAUUCUGCAAGAGCGAGAAGAGCAACACCGCAGCUACAUCAUCAGCUUGAAGAAACAAAUUGCCCAGCUGAAGGCUGAGCUCCAGGGCAGGAAUGAGCAGCUUAAGAAUGUGCAGGACCAGUACCCAGACCCCUUGGACAAUCGGCUUGACCACAGUAACACGGAGAAGGCCCAGGCUAACCUGCUGGCUUUCCUCCGUUCCCAAAUAGACAAAGCAGAGGUGCACAGCGGUGUUAAGCUGUCCACGGAGUAUGCGGCCGUGCCCUUUGAGAGCUUUACCCUGCAGAAGGUGUACCAACUGGAGACAGGGUUGACGCGCCACCCAGAAGAGAAACCUGUAAGGAAGGAUAAGCGAGAUGAGUUGAUAGAGGUGAUCGAGUUAGCUGUUGGGAGUUUGAACAAUCCAGAGGGGGAAGGCAAUGCAAAACACCACGUAUACACAGCUUCUGACUUCGUUGAAGGGAUCUACCGCACAGAAAAAGACAAAGGCACAUUGUAUGAGCUGACUUUCAAAGGAGACACAAAACAUCAGUUCAAGAAGAUUGUUUUAUUCCGGCCAUUCGGUCCUGUAAUGAAAGUGAAAAAUGAAAAUGUCAAUAUGGCUGACACACUUAUUAAUGUCAUUGUGCCAUUGGCCAAGAGAGCCAGCAAAUUUCGGCAAUUCAUGCAGAAUUUCAGGUGGGUUUCCAUUCCAGUGCACCUCACUGUAGUUUAUUUUGGAAAAGAACAAAUGAAUGAAGUCAAAUGGAUACUUGAAAAUACUUCCAAGUCAGCCAACUUCAAGAACUUCACCUUCAUCCAGCUGAAUGAAGAAUUUUCCAGGGGCAAAGGAUUAGACAUUGGUGCUCGAUUUUGGAAAGGAAACAAUGUUGUUCUCUUUUUCUGUGACGUGGACAUAUACUUCACAGCUGAAUUCCUGAACUCCUGUAGAUUGAACACACAGCCAGGGAAGAAGGUGUUUUAUCCUGUUCUCUUCAGCCAGUAUAACCCCAGUAUAAUUUAUGGCCACCAUGAUUCCAUCCCAUCUUUAGAACAGCAGCUGAUUAUUAAAAAAGAAACUGGAUUUUGGAGAGACUUUGGUUUUGGGAUGACUUGCCAGUACAGAUCUGACUUUAUCAACAUAGGUGGCUUUGAUCUGGACAUUAAAGGCUGGGGUGGUGAAGAUGUACAUCUGUACCGCAAAUACCUUCACAGCAACCUCAUCGUGAUCCGAACGCCUGUCAGGGGUCUCUUCCAUCUGUGGCAUGAAAAGCAAUGUCUGGACGAGCUGACCCCAGAGCAGUACAAAAUGUGCAUGCAGUCUAAGGCCAUGAACGAAGCUUCUCAUGGCCAGCUUGGGAUGCUUGUUUUCAAGCAAGAGAUUGAGACACACCUGCACAGACAGAAGCUGAGCAGUAAGAAGACAUGA